UUUGCGGGGAAACGUGAGGAGGACCUCUGCAAACUGCUCCAACACACUGGACGGACAGAAUGUGUCACCGUGAGGGGAUGAGCUGGCAAAGAAGGAGAGAGAAAAAAAACACACACACCUCUCAGGCCAGCAGCUCAGGCUUUCUGGAAACCUGCCAUGUGACAUUUGGCUGCCAACGCUCUAUCAGAAGGUCAAAGUGGAGAGAGAGUGUGUGUGUGUGAGGGGGUCCACGGUGCACAUUUCAUGGAAAUGCAGACAACCAAAGCUGCGCACAUUAACGUCCUCCACCACCACCACCACUACGACUUCUUUAGCCAGUCCCUGCCUGAUGUCAGCGCGGUUGUUUGUCAGCAAAUGACGCAAGAGGAAACAUUUGCGCGCACGUCUGUCUGCAGGUCAAAGCAGCAAAAGCCCAACUUCACCAUGAGCAAAACCAUUUUCCCCUGGAUGAAGGAGUCCAGACAGUCACAGCAGAAACACGGCAGGAGAACAUCAGACUGCACCAUCAACGAGAAGUGCCCAAGCGCGACCCCGGCCUCCAAGCGGACGCGCACCGCGUACACGAGCGCGCAACUGGUGGAGCUGGAGAAGGAGUUCCACUUCAGCCGCUACCUGUGCCGGCCACGGCGGGUGGAAAUGGCCAAUCUGCUCAAUCUCCACGAGAGGCAGAUCAAGAUCUGGUUUCAGAACCGGAGGAUGAAGCAGAAGAAGGACGAGAGAGAGCAGGGCCUCCCCACCUCCUCACCCCCGUCCUCCCCCUCCGCCCCGGGCAGCCCCACUCUGUCGAGCCUGGGUUAUGUCCAUCUGGGCGGGGAUUACCAGCCGGCCUCUCCUCCGCUCGAGUCCCAGCACCAGCAGCCACAUCAGCCGACAUACCACGCAGAAUACCCGGCUCCUGGGUUCACGCACGGCCCACAAUUCGAUGUACAGUACAGCACUCACAACAACGCACACGCAAAAAACUCGGAUCUGGAUGUGACAGGUUCAUAUUUCCCUCAGAGCUGCACACCUCAGGACAGAAUCAUGCAAGCUCCAAAACUGACUCAUCUGUAG